AUGUCGAUAGUGGAGUGGCAAGCUGGGUAUGAUUCCGACGGUGAAGAACGCAGGGAGAGGAAUGAUUGGAUGAUCGAGGAAGUUGUAGCUGCUUUUGAGGAUGAGCCAUCUGUCAGGCACAAUGUGUAUCCGGAUUUGGAUGAAGAAGAAGCAGCUCAACCAUUCAAGGAAGGUGUCUUUGACUACGCCUUGAAGACUGGUUACAAUAUCAGCCAAAAAAGAUAUGACAAGACGAAGCUUGUGUUUAAGUGUUUAGGAGAGAACUGUACAUGGCGAAUUUACUGCUCUCGGAAAAGUGGAUCGUCAAUGUGGCAGGUGCCUGUGAUUGCUCGCCUCUUUGUGGACAAGAUUCGUGAAGAACCGGAGUACUUCAUGCCAAUGAAGAUUGAAGAGUUGGUUAUAGAGAAGUGGAAGAUCUUUGUUUCUCGGCCUCAAUGCCAGCACGCAAGGAACAAAGCUUUGGCAUGGAUUGAAAGAGAAUAUGAGGAAAAAUUUGCACGCCUAAGAGAUUAUGCAAAAGAGAUUGAAGGUUCUAAUCCGGAUUCUUCAGUGGAGGUUGAUUGCAUUGUGAAUGAUCAAGUUCACAAAGGAGAGUUGUUUGUGGCAAGUGGUAGAGAUGCAGACAAUCGAAUCUACCCUGUGGCAUGGGCUGUAGUGCAGAAGGAGAAUGCAGAUAAUUGGGGUUGGUUCUUUUCUAAGAUCAGAGAUGAUUUAGGACUACAUGAUGGAGAUGGCUUUGUACUAAUCUCUGAUCGACAAAAGGGAUUGAUCAGUGCCGUUCAGAGGAUCCUGCCAAAGAUUGAGCAUAGAAUGUGUACAAGACACAUAUACAUGAACCUGAAGUCUCGGCAUGGAAAGAAUCCAGAGUUGAAGGGGUUGAUAUGGCAUCUAGCUUGGAGCUACAAUGAGCCAGAGUUUAGAGAAAACUUGAACAAGAUUGAGUUGUAUGAUGAGGCAUUGGCUUUUUACAAGCUCGGGUCUUACUGUGAGGAUGUGGAGAAUAAUUCAGUGGAGUCAUUCAACAACUCAAUAGAUAUGAAUUGUUUUAGAAAAGCCAGGGAUAAGGCUUUAGUGCCUAUGCUAGAGACUAUUGCAAGGUUGGCAAUGGUUCGAAUAGCCAAGAUAGAUUAUAAAGCUUCUAACUAUGAUGGUUUCUGUACACCAUAUGUGAAGAAAUACGUUGCAGAGUAUCAUGAUGCAGCUUCAGGAUGCUUUGUUCGGCCUUCAACUAACAUGCAGUAUGCUUGUUCACUCGAUGGAUGCACACACAGGGUUGACUUGGCGAAUAGGACUUGUAGCUGCAGGAGAUGGGAAAUAACUGGAAUCCCGUGUGAGCAUGCAUAUGGUGUUAUCUUGAAAAAAGGUCUUGAAGCUCAACACUAUGUGUGCCAUUGGUUUAGGACAGAUAAGUGGAGAAGGCUGUAUAUAGAUGGCAUUGUUCCAGUUAGAGGUGCAAAGUUUUGGCCUAGAGGAGAAGUGUCAUCGAUUGUUUAUCCUGAGAUUCCAAAUAUGCCUGGUCGGAAGAAGGAUAAGGAUAAGGCAAAGGAAAAGGUUACAAAGCAAGAUAAAAAGAGGAAGAGAGACAGGAAUGAGUCUCCUACGAAGAGGGCAGACCCAUUGGAGAAGAGGAGGGUCAUGCAUUGUGGUGUUUGUGUAGCUGCUGGUCACAACUCUCGCUGGCAUAAUAAGAAGAAGAAAGGUUCAACAUCUGAGAUAAACUAUGUGGUCUCUUUACUUGAAGCAUCAUCUCAAGUUGAACCCUCACAAGGAAUUCUCAGUCAAGUGGACUGA